GAAAUGUUAGGAAUUUGGUCCCACUUCGUUCAGACAAGAAUAUUUGCUUCUCUCGGCCUACUUUCAUGAGAUCUUCCUCAAUGACACAGCAGAGGGUCAAACACCGGUGCCUGAUGACUUCAGGAGAAAGAAGAACAGCAUGUCGGAGGGUAUUCCUCAUUGCAUGUACCUGUAUUUCUCUUCUUUUGAUGGGACUGCUCAUAUUUGUCGCCAUCUUUGUGACCUUAAGAAGUCAGGAUGUUGCUGAACAGGGUUCACUUCAGCAUCAAAUCCACGAUGUUAACUGCAGUGCUGAGGUGACAGACAUCCCUACUGGAGCCCUCAUGCAGAAAUGGAGUACCAGUGGGAGUUUCAGUCGAGCGUGGAGUGAGGCUGAGAAAAACGCCAAAGCGCCUGCACAUCGCAGCAUGACAAAAACUCUUUCUACUGCCAUCUACAUGUACACAAGUGGGAUGAUCCAAGCUGACAAACAAGACAGUGGAAGAGCAGACAGAAACGGAGAGCAAGAAAGUCUGGAGUCUUUCCUUCACGACGCUGUUGACAUCCUGAACUACCAUCAGAAGACGUCGUGUCUCAGCACGAGCUACAGGACAGACGCUGACUUGGAUCCGGACAUUUCUAGCAAAGCCAUUCACUUCAGCACCUUCACAGUCGGCUCUGAUUGGAGGAAAUCCACAGGGAACACGUACUGUUUUGAAUUCGAAACGUGUUUUGGUGCAAAUAUCACACAUUAUUCUGCUCUGAAAGGAUUCGACCAGGCGCUCAUUCCCCCCUACGAGGUGUUUAAAAUCACUGACAUUAAGACGGACACGCAGGGAUGUAAAGUCUCCUUCAAGAUGGAGAGCAUGGGUUGUGUUUAUAACAGUCAGAGUGAAGUGGUGCAUUCACUGAGUCAUUCAUCACAGCGUUUAGUCCAGUCUCUUCAGGCGCUCUGGUUCUGCUGUCUAGUUUGCUACCAGUUGUCAACAUGGUGAAAAACAAUCUUUAUUCCUAGAACAUCGGGACACACUGACCAUCCAGGAAGUCUUUAAAAUGCUCACCAUGCUGUUUGUAUUUCAGGCCUGUUAGUCAUGAAGCAUUGAUGAUUUUUAAAAAUGUUUUUAGCAGAUUAAGUGAAGUGGAGGCAGAUGCAGCUGGCUGUAGAAGUUCUCCCUGAUAAAUUUAUGAUUGUGAAGAUUAUAACAAAAAUCUGAUGUUUGAAUUUGCUGUGUUUUUCGAUGUUUUAUAAAUUAUUUAGUGGCUUAUCUUUGUAACCUUUAUUUAAAUGAAGUGUUUAAUAAAUGUCGUUUUUAAAGUAAGUUCAGGAACAAAGACCAUGCCUGCCUAACAUAUAUAAGCAGGCCUCACUCAUUCCACCUCAAGUCUUUUCCAGUUGAACAAGUUGAGUUGAAGUCUCGAUUCACUGAAGUUACCAGGUUGAUUUGAAAAUCCUCAAUGAAACUGUCAAAUCCAGAGUCGUCAAACUCGAACCAGAGUCCACACUUCUGGUUCAAAGUUUUAACAGCACUGACACAACCUUUGACUGAACCGCCACCAUUGACUGAUGUGACCCAGGAUCUGCUCUGGAUGACCGCUAAUCAAUGGCCAUCAUCAGAUGUGAGAAGCAAAACUCAGAGACUGAUAGUCCUGGGUAUUUUAGUGUCUGUCUGAAGAACUGUCAUCACAACAGUUGUGCUUGUAAGGACAAUAAAAAUAAA